AUGUUCAGCGAGUGUCCUAAACCACCAGUAGUGGCGCUGAUGACAGGUAAUGGCGUUCAUUUCAGAGAAUUGCAUAAAAUAGUUUUGGCAGUUGUUGCUUGUGGAGAUAGACUUGCCGAGACUCUAGUCAUGAUUAAGUCAGCAAUUAUUUUCACCUCAUCUGAUCUUGUUGUCAUAGUGUUUUCUGAUAAAAAGCUGAUUCCUAGUUUUAAAGAAAAGGUAAUUCUGAAGCAUGUGGACUCACUUUUGUAUGUGGAUACAGACACAUUAUUUCUUGGUCCUGUUGAAAAUGUCUGGAGACAUUUUGAAAAGAUGAAUUCAUCUCAAAUUGCAGCUUUAGCACCAGAACAUGAAGAUCCAAAUACUGGCUGGUACAAUCGUUUUGCCAGACACCCAUAUUAUGGAAAAUUAGGUGUGAAUUCUGGAGUCAUGCUGAUGAAUCUCACUCGAAUGAGGGCAUUUCAGUGGACAGCUUAUGUAAUACCUAUCUACAAAGAGUACAAAUUAAAAAUAACUUGGGGUGAUCAAGAUAUUAUCAACAUAAUUUUUCAUUUUCAUCCAGAGAAAUUAUAUAUUUAUCCAUGUCGAUAUAAUUAUCGACCGGACCACUGCAUGUACAUGAAUGUAUGCAAAAGUGCCAAUGAUGAAGGAGUAGCUGUGCUGCAUGGUAGCCGUGGAAGUUUUCAUGCUAUUAAACAACCUCCGUUUCAUGCUAUAUACAAAGCAAUGGAAGAAUAUCAACUUGGAACAGAUUUGUAUAUGAAUCUAUACAUGCCCAUGAAGAAUUACUUGGACCUAACAUCAUCAUCAAACUGUGGAAAAGUGAGACACAUUUUUACAAAAAGUGUUGAGAAAAUCAUUCAGAAGGUUGACCUGUGAUACCAGUGUAACAGAAGAUUUCUAUAUUUUUCUUGAAGCUGGCCAUCAUUCCAUCUUUGAAGAUUUAUACAUUUUUUACCUUAAUGUAAGUACUUCCUAAUUCCAGUCAGUAUUUACAUUAUUUAUUCAUAAUUUGCAUUUUAAUUGGAGUCAAUAAUCUUUAAGUCUCAAUUAUGUUAUUUUCAAGAAGUUUCUGGUAUUGAGAUUGCUGCCUACAAUGUUGUCAUUGUGGAAUUGCUCAAGUUGUGCAGAAUUGUUCAAAAGAAAUGUGAUAAAUUGCCUUGGAUUGUGUUUUUAUAAGGAAAUGAGUAGUAUUUGACGUCUCAUUAUUGCCCAAUUAUUAUUUCCAAAAUUUUUGAAUGAAGUAAAAAGAGAUUUUAUUUCAUAUAUUUAUAAAUUGAUGUAAUAGCUGCAUUAUUAUGAGCACUUUCAAGAUAAAUUUAGAAAUGUUUUUCAAGACUGAUUACAUCAUCUCCCAAUUUACAUGUUUUUUAUGAAUACUUAAGUUUAUCAUUUAUCUUUUUUAUUCCACAUUGCUCAACUUAACAUUUUUAUAUCAUUCUUUUUUGUACACCUAUAUCAUUUUUUCUAAUCUAAUUCCUUUUCAAUUAAAAUGUUGUAAGUGCAUGAUGUAGGCCUACAUUGAAAAUAACAGAAAAUAAAAAUUAAUGAUUUUCAAUUUAAGACCCUGCAGAAUGUAAAAUAUGUAUUUUGAAUUCUAAUUUUAGGGCAUUCUUAUGUCUUGGAAUUUUUAAAAUAAGAAAAAUUGUAAUAUCACUACCUGGUUUUGAGUAAAUUAAUAUUUAACCAAUUGUUCAUUGAUAUAGAUAAUUUCAGUGUAUAUAAUUUUAAAAUCAAAUGUAUAAAAAUGACAAUUUUUUUCUUAAAAACCUGACAUUGUCCUUAAGUAUGAACAUACUUUUUUUGAACUGUGACUUCUAGAACAUGAAAUUACUAUUUUAAAAUCAGUUUGAGAUAUAUUUUCCAUAUUUUAAAAUGAAAUGAAACAUCUGUCAGUGUUAGGAGGGAAUUCAUUUGAAUAUUGGUUAUUCAUCCCCUUAGAAAUUUUCACCUUCUGGGGAUUUUCCACCCAUUGGAAAUAAAAAGAAAAGAAAAAAAAAUGAAGAAAGUUGUCAAUAAAUUAUAAUUAAAAUAUCAAUAAAAAUAUACAAAUAUAUUUGUGAAUGAAAUGCAUUUUUAGAGUUGAAAGUAAAAUUUUUAACAUGAGAUUAAAUGAUAUUUUUUUAAAUCUCAUAUAUUUCUGUUCAAAAGAUGAUGUUCAAGCUUUGACCUUUUCGUUCAUUAGUGCAAUAUUACCUAUACAAUUCUCAUAUACAUAUAUGUAUACAAAUUUAAAUUUGAAUUAAGUUAGUGGUAUUUACAAGCAUCCUCUCUCUUCCAUUGUUCAAUUCAGAUUGUCCCAUCACCUUUUGUCCUUUGAAUUUUCUCUCCCCCACUGUCCGUUCAUAGCUGCCAACUCUGUCAGUGGUGUUGGUAAGCUUGACCUUACAACUUUAAACUCUUCAUCACUACAUGACUAUUAGAUAUUUUGCACUACACCUCAAAGAAACUCCUGUCUGUAUCUUAGUCCAAAUUGAUGGCAAUUCAUCAGUAAUUGUGAGUUCUCAAUUAAUCAGAGGUCCCUAUGUUUAGAUUUCACUGUUCAUGGGUUAAACAUGAUCAUCAUUAAAUGUUAUGUUUGAAUUAAGUAGAAAUUCAAUUUUCUUCCGAGGUUUAAGAAGAAAAAAUUCAAGACUUGUAAUUAGUUCUUCAUUUGCAUUUUAUAGUUUCCGGUAUUGUUAAUUGUUUUUGAAUGAAUGUAAUGAUGUUUUGAAAUUGUUAUUAUUGAUUUUUAACUAUUUGGUUCAUUUUAGAUUAAUCACUGUCUUAGUGCAUCCAUUGUUGAAUAUUUUAUUAGUUUUAAAAUAUAAUUGUUGAUAGUUAAAUAUAUAUAUUUUUCUUUCUGUUGUAAAUAUGAGACUGAAAAUUUAAGAGCACCCAUUUAUUUGAACCACUGCUAGUAUAUUUUACUUAAUAAUUACAAUUGUGUUUUUCUGGUCAUCUCCUCUUUAAAUCUAUUCAAUUUGUUUUACAAGAAAAUAUCUAUCAACAGAUUUUUUGCUUUUCCUUUAAUUGGUUUCUUUUUUUCUUUGUUGACCAGAAGUAUCGUGAACAUAUUUCAAAGUUCCUGAACAUUUUGUUUCUGUGGCAAUAAUUUUUAAUCUUGUUAAAGCAAUAACAGUGUUAUGGAUUAUUCUUCUGUUUUGUCAGGAAAAUGUGUAAAACUAAUGGGACCUGCAUUAAUAUGCAAUUUUGUGAGAUGACAUAUACUAUUACAAGAAAUGAUGCCUAUUUAAAUGUCAAAUCUUCCCUUCUGUUGAGAAUUUCAAAUCAAAACAUUGUUGUAUUGUCUUUGUUCUUUUACUGUUUUGUUAGUUUAUUACUUUUUUUUGCUAAAAAUCAUAAAUUUUGAGGAAUUCACAGCAUGUUUACACAUCAGUAUUUACAGUAUUUUUAUUUCUUUCAUAAGAUGUCAUAAUUUGAAUCUCAUUUGAUGAUUCUUGUAGAAUUAAAUGUUCUUGUUACUCGAAAUUAUAAUUAAUCAUAUGAUUUCAAUUUAUAUGUAAUAUUUUAGUCAAUAAAUAUUUCUGUAUGCAGUGGAGAAAACAAAAUGUAGAAUAUUGUGUUUACCUGUAUCGUAUCUCUUUUUAUAGUUAGCUACUCACUCAUUUAUACUCUUGUUGAGGUUACUAAUCGAAAGAAAUGUGUUGUUUUCAGUAUAUAAAUAGAUAAAUUGUCUAUUACAUGAGUGUCAUAAUAAAAUAUGAUUUAUAGUUUAUUUGUGUGUGUAGUUACAAGUUCAUAGAGGAAUUUUUCAGAUUGUAAAUAAGAGAUGAUAGUGUUUAUUUAAGGUUUCACACUAAAAAAUUAGUGUUGAAUCAAAUACCUAUUGCGAAGCAAUACUGUGUUUUUAGAGAAUUUUAAUUACUUAUUCUCAUUGUCCUUAAACUUGUAUUGUGUGUUUUGUAUAUAUUAGAUUAUAAUUAUCAUAUUUCCUGGCACAUAAUUAGAGGGACCAAUUU